AUACGAGAUGAUUUCGUUUCAGGUUGUGCUUGUGCAGUAUGCGUUUUUAUGCUAUGGACUCGCCACCUCGCUAUCGUUUACAUGUACAUCUUUUCCGUUGGAUUAAUUUUCCUAUCAUAUUGGAGCAAUAUUUCAGCGAUCAAUCUGAUCACCGAUGGACCCAGUUUAUUAGAAGACAUUUUGUCAUUGAAUAUGACCAGCAUUCUCGAUCCGGGCGGAGUAGCCGUCUCAAUAUUGCCACAUUUUCUCGCUCAGUGGUUGAUUGGACUGAUCUUUGCGUACAUCCAUCUGGGACCGAGAAAUGACAUUGUUCAGAAAUUGAUUCCGUACAAUUUCUUGAUGCCGCUACUAUUGGCUAUGUUACCGUUGCCUCAUCAAUUGCUGAAACAUUCACCAGCCUUUGCAGCUAUAUUACCUCUUGUGCUAUCGAAAAUUGCCAUGUGGAGUUCAUCGUUUGAUGUUGCCAAGACUCUAUUCAACGGUUACCAGCAUGCCCGGAAUUUCGCCACGAAUUUCGGUCUAUCGGCGCUAGUUGAAAACGAAUGGCAACGACUGAAUGUGCCGUGUGUCCUGCGAGCUUUUUGGAUAUUACGUAUUAUUGAACAGCUGUUCUCAACGAUUGUUUUCUCCAAAGAGGUUCUUCCGUGGCUAACGGCAGCACAAAGUCUAUUAGUGGGCGGCUGUGAAACCCUAACCGCUGUGCUCGGUAUGACCAGCAUUGUGUCGGUUAUUUGUCACUACAUCGGGAAACUAUUUCAACUUUUCCUACUAUCGGAAGACUAUGACGAAGACAAAUCGAUUGGUACGGUUUCGGCGAUCCUCUUCUACAUUCUGGCCCUACAAACUGGCCUGACAUCGCUGACACCAGAAAAACGAUUUGUUCGAUUGUGCCGCAAUUUCUGUCUGUUGAUAACGGCCUUGCUACAUUUUUUCCACAAUAUCGUUGCACCGAUUUUGAUGUCACUAAGCGCAGCCAGAAAUCCAUCCAAAAAACGGCAUGCAAGAGCAUUGCUUGUGUGCCUGUUCCUGCUGGUGGCACCGAUCGCUUUGCUGACAGUGCUUUGGACGAAACAUUCACCAUCAACAUGGUUACUGGCAGUGACUGCCUUCUCAGUCGAAGUUAUAGUUAAGGUACUUGUGAGUAUUGCCACGUAUACGCUGUUCUUGUUGGACGCUCGCCGUCAAACGUUCUGGGAGAAGCUUGACGAUUACGUUUAUUAUAUCAGAGCAUUUGGUAAUUCGGUUGAAUUCUGCUUCGGUAUAUUCCUAUUUUUCAAUGGUGCUUGGAUAUUGGUGUUUGAGUCAGAGUACUUUAGUUUCAAAGCGAACCUGUAUUUUUUUGAUUUAGGCGGUGCAAUUAGAGCCUUAAUGAUGGGCAUUCAUGCCUAUUUCAAUAUAUGGUGUGAAGCCCGUGCUGGGUGGGCCGUGUUUAUGAAACGGAGAACGGCUGUUCAUAAGAUAUCAUCGUUGCCGGAGGCUAACGAGCAUCAACUUCGGACGUUGGAUGAUGUUUGUGCGAUUUGUUAUCAAGAAAUGACAUCCGCCAAAAUAACGCGAUGCAGACACUAUUUCCACGGUGUUUGUCUGAGAAAAUGGCUGUAUGUGCAAGAUCGGUGUCCGUUGUGUCAUGAAAUAAUCAUGCAUCAGGAGCCAGUACCAAAUGAGAAGGUUUAUGAGGCGGAACAAAAUGAGAAUAGUGCGGCUAGUCGAAACAUCCCAUUGCAGAAUGCAGCUGAGAAUGUUGCCGAUAUUCUCACACAAGCGCCAAGCAAUGCUCAAUUCAGAUUAGGUACACAAGCGUCAGUAAUGCAUAAUACAGAAAAUGACAACACCGACGAUGUAGAAUGAACCAAAUCGUUCAGUAAAUCAAUUUUAAGGAUUCGUUUUUCUAUUUAAUUAAUAAAUAAAUUAUUUACAGCUUUCAAUACAUUACGAAGUUUUUCAUUAGCCAAAGUGAUGAUGAUUUGUGAUAAAUAUUAACGCAAUGGACAAUAGGUAGAAAUUAUUUGUUUUUGUUUUGAUUUGUUGUUGUUGUUGUUGUUUUUUAGUCUAUUUUCUCUAAUUCAAUAUAAUAGACACGCUAA